AUGACUUCGUGGAUAGAUUCUAGUACUGGAGAUGACUCUGGGUUUUCUCUAGAUGUCUUGCCGUAUGGCAUCUUCAACACUCGAAUUGGAGCGGCGAUAGGGCGUUACAUACUUGACCUGAAGGCGUUGGCCCAGGAAGGAAUUUUUACAACAAUUGACUUUGACUCCUCGACUCUGAUGGAAAAUACAUUGAAUUCCUACGCGGCUUUGGGAAAGCAAGUCCACAGGCAAGUCAGGGAUCUCCUCCAGGAGCUAUUGGCCCAUGAUACCAGCCGUGGCACUGAAUUGCGCGACAACCAAAAAAGGCGAGAUAGAGUCAUUGUCAAGAUGUCUGAUGCGACGCUCCAUCUGCCCAUGAGUAUAGGGGAUUAUACCGACUUCUUUGUCGGACCAUACCAUGCACAAAAUCCGGGUUCGACGCUCCACCGGAACUAUAUGAGCCAGCCAAUUGCUUAUCACGGCCGCGCGUCCUCGAUUGUCAUUUCUGGAACUCCUGUCCGCCGCCCCAAAGGGCAGUUCCUGGUCGAUGAUAAACCAGUAUUUGCAUAUUCUCAAAAGCUCGACUUUGAGGUGGAAUUCGCAGCUUUCAUAGGCCAAGGGUGCGAAGAUGGUUCCCCGAUCCCUGUUGAUGGGGCCGAGGAUCGCAUAUUCGGAUUUGUGAUCAUGAAUGACUGGUCAGCAAGGGAUAUACAAAACUGGGAAUCAUCCCCGUUGGGACCAUUUAACGGCAAGAAUUUCGCGACUACUAUAUCUCCUUGGGUAGUCCCGCUGGAGGCCCUUGAGCCCUUUCGAGAGCCCCCCGUCUCAUCGGGGCCGCUGCUCCCAUAUCUCCACCAGAAAAGAGAAGAUUCAGUAUAUAGCGUCCCAAUUACCGUCUCACUCAGCGGCAAGAAACCCUACAGUCCGUUCGUUAUGCUAGCACACCAUACUGCUGGCGGAUGCUCUUUACGCACAGGGGAUCUCAUCGCCACAGGCACACUCAGUGGACCGUCUCGUAAGGAGCUCGGAUGCCUUCUCGAAGCCACGAAGAAUGGUUCAGAACCUUACGAGUUCCAUACAUCAGAAACAGGAGCAGGAAGGAUCGUUCGAGGAUACUUGGAGGAUGGCGAUAUUGUCGAGCUCAAAGCAUCUGGCUUCGGUAGUUGCACAGGGCGUGUCGUAUCAGCCGAGUGUCAAGCCUAG